AAUGGAUCUCGUCCAUCUCUGAGAACAAGUUGCAGAGUAACGAUCUUUUGAGUUUGUGCGGUUCAGUCAACUAUAUAACGAAACUUCGUUUCUUGUCGUCGCAUCGUAUUAGAAACAUCGCUCUACUUCUACUAAGAGGAUACCAAGACCAACGACAACAAAUUCUUAGACCCCGCACCAACAAGACGAAUCAUAAUGCCCUCUAUUCCAACUGAACCGGGAGACCGAAUAAUGACCACUGCCGAGGAUCGUAGUGCUGAAGAAGGUGCUUCGAGGAAGAAAAUGAAGCGUAAAACGAGUAAAGUAGAAGUUCUAGAAGAUGUCACUGAAGACAUGGAGAAGAUGGGGACCUUGGAAGAUGCUCCACAGAUGAGCAAGAGCAAGCAACUGGUUCCCAUGGCGAAACUGAAAAAACUGGAUCCUUCCACUUUCGAUAGUGCUGCUAUCCGAGGCUCUGGUCGUCAAGGGUGUCAACAUCAUGGUAAAGGUGAUGCUGAACAAGCAGGAGGAAGCCAACACACUGCUCUCAGUCGUACCGCUUCCAAGAACCGCAACCGCGUUGGAGAUAAC